AUGAAAUCUUUAUCCUCUCUACCAGUAAACCAAAGGUACAAAGCCAACCACAAGUAUGAAUACUUGUACGAAGCGGAGUCCUUGAAUGCCAUCAAUGGUGCCUCACAUCUCAGGAAUGGACCUAAGGCCACUUGCAAGGUUGAAAUUGAAGUACCUCAGGCUUGUAGUUUCGUCGUCCGCACCACUGACUGUAGGCUGAGUGAGGUGGUUGACAUGGACGCAGAGGGCAACCCUGUUUUCGGUCCUUCACCAAGCUCUGAUGCCUUUGCCGUGGAAAUGGAGAAAUAUCCUCUGAAGGUUGAGGUUGACAGCAUGUACAACGUGAAACUGUACCCUGAAGAGGGUGAGACAACAACCAUCUUGAACAUCAAGAGAGGUAUCGUCUCCGCCCUGGCUGUGCCUCUGAUGGAAGAAGACAAGAUCAAGAACAUGCCCACCAUCCACGGCAAGUGCAAGACCUCUUACACCGUCAACGCUAGAGAGGACAUCGCAACUGACAUCAGCCUCAACAGGGAUCUGUCCAGAUGUGACAAAUUCAACCCCAUCAGAGAUAACACCAGCCCCCUGGCACUCAUCUCUGGCAUGCACUACCCUCUUGCCCAGCUGGUCAGAAGCUCACAGGAAUGCAACUACAAGUUCGACAAUGAGAACAAGCACAUGACCUCUGGAUCCUGCACUGAGAAACACAUCCUCAUUCCCUUCUCUCACAAUGGAGAAUAUGGAGUCAAUAAUGUCGGCAAGCAAGAACUGACUCUGGUUCAGGUUUCUCCUCACAAUGGAGUCUUUUACCACAGUGACACUGUCAUGGAUCUUCACAUGGAGGCUGUUGAGGACAAGAGUGUUGUUCAGGAUAAAGAUGCAGGUCUGAACCUCCUGAGAGAACUGGCCACUCUGCCCGAGACCGAGGGUGAGAGGAGGGCCCACCUCUUCCACAAGCUUGUCACCAUGGUCCGUGGAAUGAAGGUUGAGACCCUGAGUCCCGCCAUUCCCGAGGCUCUCGCCGUGUCCCGUGUCCUGACCUACCAGGUUCUGGCCCAGUGUGGAACCCCUGAGUGCAGCAGUGCCAUCAUGCAGAUCCUCAGGACUUUUGACAGCUCCGCACUUGAGGUUGAUGCCGGUGUUUUUGCUAUGGGACUGGUGUCCAAUCCCUCUGCCCUUCUGAUCAAUGACAUGCUUGAGAUGGCCAAAUACAAGCCCAGCAAGGCCAUCAUGUUUGCCCUGAGCAAUGUUGUCAAGAGGUUUUACAAAGCUGAAGGAAAACUGAUCCCUGAGAUUUACGCUGUUGCCGAGUUCAUGGCUGCCCAGUUGGGUGACUGUUCUGGUGACAAGGACAACACUUUCAUGACACUGAGAGUUAUUGGAAACAUGGCUCCAGCUCUUGGAGCUGCCAGUCCUGCACUCAGAACCGCUGUGAUCCAGUGUAUGAACCAACCUGCAGCUUCCCCAGCUGUGCAGCAGGCUGCCAUUCAAGUGUACAGGCUGACUCCUGUCCCUGAGGAGGGCAGAGAAGUUCUCAUGCAGGUGCUCUUGGACAGUGCUAGCCCCAUGCAAAAGCGUAUUGCUGCAUACCUGGUGCUUAUGAAGGACCCUCAGCCCACUGAACUGUCCCAGCUGGCUAAUGCCUUGCCCAAUGAGCAGGACACACAAGUCAAGAGCUUUGUGAUCUCCCACAUUACCAACAUUCUCUCAUCCUCUGAGUCAGAGACCCAAGAACUGAGACAGAAGAUUCGCGAUGCCCUGCAGGGUAAUGAGGUCGGACCCAUCAUGGACCCCACCAAGUUCUCUCGCAACUACAGGAUCGGAUCUGUUGAGGGCAACAUGAUCUUUGAGGGUACCAGCUUCCUGCCCAAGGAGGUCAUGCUUGAAAUGACUCUGAAGGCAUUUGGCUAUGACAUUGACAUGAUGGAGAUUGGUAUGGAGGGUAAAGGAUUUGAGCCAACUGCUGAAGCCCUGUUUGGAAAGAAUGGAUUCUUCCCCGACACCGCCCUGAAGACAAUGUACUUUGUCUCUGACAACAUGCCACUGAAACUCAAUGAGAUCCUGCAGAACAUGCUGCCUGCCCUGAAGAGAGACAGAAUGAAGAGACAGGCUUCCCAGAACCUGAUGAGGGACAUUGGACGUAACCUCAACAAACUUGUGAGGGAACUGAAGACAGCAGAAUCUCCUGAGGCAAUGGUUUAUCUGAGACUUUUGGGAAAUGAGCUGGGAUAUCUGAGGACCAACGAAAUGGAAGAGAUGGCCUACUCUGCUGCCAUGAUGAUUGACAGCAUGUUCAAGAUGUUCCCAACUGAUAUAAUGAAGGCACUGAUGACCAAUGCUGACAACACAAUCUUUGCCCACUACAUCUUCAUGGAUAAUGAAUUCUUCCUGCCCACUAUCACUGGUGUGCCUCUGAGGAUUGCACUGUCUGGUACUUUCACUCCUGGCAUCAAGGGAGGAUUUAAGAUUGCUCCUGACAUGAGCGAAGUUAACUUCAUGCCCUCUGCUGGCAUUGAGUUUGUAACUCAGGUUGGCUCCCAUAUGCCUGAAUAUGUCAGCUCUGGAUUAGAGAUGCACACCAACAUUUUCCACGAAAGUGGGCUCAGUGCCAAGAUCUCCUUCGAACGUGACAAUGUCAAGUUGACCAUCCCUGCUCCAAUGAGUCCUACAAAGCUCAUCAAAAUGACAAACACCCUGGUGGCAGUGACUGGAUCAGAGGUGAAAACCAUCCCCCCUAUGGUGACAGAUAAGGUUGAUGUUAGUGAGUGCACUCCCUUCUUCGCUGGAAUGAAAUACUGCACUGCUCUGCAGUACACUGAUGCUUUCUCUCAGGAGACAGCCCCCUACUUCCCCUUCACCGGAGACAGCAAAUUUGCUGUGGAACUCCAUCCCACUGGUGAAGUCACUGAGUACACAGCCACUGUCGCCUAUGAGCUCCUCAGGGAAGGAGAAGAAGGUCGGCAGAAAGUUGACUCUGUGAAGUUUAUUCUGAGGGCUGAAGGCACAGAGCCUACUGAGGCCAGAGCCAUCAUGAAAUACAACAGAAGGAGGAAUGUCAUCACCGCCGACAUCCAGAUCCCCGACUACGAUGUUGAGGCUGGACUCAGGCUGGGUGCUGUUGAUGGAAAAACCAAGGGCAAGGGAACUCACUCCAUCUCUAUUGACAUUAUAAACAAGAACAUCCCUCAGCUCUCCCUGGUUGGCCGUGCCAAUCUGAAGGCCAUGAGGGAAGGUAUGCUGCAGGUCCAACUUCUUGUCCCCUCAAUCAGUGCUGAUGCCACUGUCACAGCUAACAUAAAGCAUGACGAAGAGCUGGAAUUGGAGCUCAAGAGUGAGAUCAAGGUCAUGGAAACCACUUCUGAGCAGAAGGUUGCAAUUAAAUAUGAUGCCAGUAAGGUUGAGGUUGAGUUAAAGUCAGAUGUGAACUCCGAGAUUUUGGAAAUCCUUCCAUACACUGACAAGCUUAAAAAGUAUGGUAAAGAUGUUCUUGACAUGCGGGUAGGGGAGGCUGACAUGACGGUCAGUGAAAUCUUCAAGUCAUUUGUGGAGGCAACUAACAAUCACAUGGAAAUGUACACUGCUGACAUCCCUUACAUUCAGAGCAUCAGAGUGCCUGAUAUCCCUGAGAUUUCACUGCCAGAGAAACUGUUCUUGAAUGCUGAAGCAAAGGCUAUCUACCACUUCAACAAUGAGCGCCUCACCAUUGCUAUCCCUCUCCCUCUUGGAGGAAAGUCCACAGAAGAGCUCAACUUCCCACCAGCUUUGACCACACCCAGCGUGUCUCUCCCCAGCUUUGGACUGGAGAUUGUCUCCAUGGAGAUUCCCAUUCCAGAGCUUGUUGUUCCUGAGAGCCUUUCUUUGUCUAUUCCUCUUUUUGGCAAAGCUGAAGUUUCAACUCUCAUGAAGAGUAACCUAUAUGACAUGGAGGCCUCAAUGGCUGCCGGCAAAGAUGUUGUGGAGACACCAAGCUACUCAGCUAAGUUUGACGUGAAAGGAACCUCCCCAAUUGACAUCCUCUCAGUAAAGAUUGAAGGCUCUGGAAUGUUGGCCACCACUGAUUCCAUCAAGGCCAAUUUGAAAAGCUCUUUGGCCCAUAAAUUCAUUGAAGCCAGUAUUAACAUUGUCGAAGAAGCAACAAUAACAGACAAAGUCAACUUGAAAUCAAGCAGCAAGAUUGAAGCCACCAGUCCAUUUGGUCUCAACAUUGCACUCGAGCACACUGGUAUGACUGGAAUCAACACUGAAAAAUUCUCUGCUGACAGCAACUUUGAGGGAAUGUUCAAGGCUGGACCCAUGUAUGGCAAGACCAUUUCUACCCAGUCAUUCGCCAUCUUCCCCUUCAUGCCAGAGGCAAAGAUUGAUUCAUCUGUUCAGAUUGACUCCACCAUUGUUAAGGCCCAGAACACAAUUGCAGCAAGCCUUGCCAAUGGUGAAUUCUCUGUUGUGUCUAACACCAAUGCCUUUGAAGACACCUUUACCAAUGUUGCUGAGCUUUCCUUCAAAGACAGCAAACUGUCAUUGAAAUCUGAUGCAAAUGCUCUUGCUCUUGGUAUGAAGAUCCGCAACCAGGCUGAAGCUUCUGCUGGUGCUGGAGAAGUUGUCAUGAGAAUGGAGACAAAUGCAGAUUGUUCUGAUAAUCGUGUUUACACUCUGCUGACUGCCUCUCUUGAUGUCAAUGGUCUGACUGUAAACAGUGAUGCCACCAUGAAGCUCUUUGAAAAUGAGGCUACACACAAGGCUGCACUGAGAAUGAACAAAGAUGGUGUGACCACCACUGGAACAACCACCCUCCAGAGCCCCCUGGCCCUUGAAAACACCUUCAAUGCUGAGCUUGAUGCUUCAAGGGCAACUCUAUCCAUUACCAAUAAGGCUGCAAUGAGUGACAUCAAAGUUGAUAAUGCCAACACCCUGACCAUUACUCUCUCUAGCCUUGACUUCAACUCAAAGGCUGAAACCACCACAAAUGGGUAUGCCUCUUACUCUCAUGAUAUCACCAUUGAUCUGAAACCCUACACUGCUUCGGCAAAUGUUGUUAACAACCUGAAACUUCUGGAGGCCGAUUUCAUUAGUGAGGCUCAGUUGAAGGCAGAGCUGUACAAGAUUGACCUGACAGGCAACCUGAAAGCUACCUAUGGUGAGGAAGAGAUCAAGCACACCUAUGAGGUAAAUUAUGCUGAUAUGACUGCUAACGCAAAGUGCAGCACCACUGGAAAAGUCUUUGGAACUCACAUGAGCCACAACACCGAGCUUGAAGUUGUUGGUCUUGCUGCCAGGUUCACCAAUGAUGCCCGCUUCAACUCACAGCCAAUGCGCUUUGACCACACCAUCCGUAGCAGCAUUGUGCCUUUUGAUUUCAACCUUGAUGCCGUCUUUAAUGCUGAUGGAGACAUGACCAUGUAUGGAAAGCACAGUGCCCAGCUCUAUGGCAAGUUCCUCCUGAGAGCACAACCCCUGGCUUUUGCUAGCUCACAUGAAUGCAGGGCUUCAGUAACACAGCAGUUAGAUAACGGGUUUUCCCUUGAGACCACAUUUGACACCAAUAUGGAUAAUGUUCUGUCACUCACAGAGCAGAAGACCAGUUUUAGAAUGAAGUCUAAGAUGAAUGAGCAUGGAGUCAAUCAGGAGAUGAGUGUUUACAAUACUCCUGAGAGAAUGGGAAUGGAACUUUCAGGCACAAUCCUCACAAACAUCCUCAACUCAGACGCCACAGAAAACCAGGAAUUUGCCCUCUCUGGCUUCAUUAAGUACGACAAGAACACAGAGAGUCAGAUAAUUCAGUUGCCUCUGAUUGAAAGUCUGCCUGUCUUCUUGGAAAGCUUUAAGGGCUUUGUUGUGCGUAUUGCUGAGACACUGCAAGAUUACAUCAACAAUGAAGAGAUGAGGGCCAAACUUGAGGCUCUUCCUCAGCAUUUGAGUGACUUUGUCUCCCAAAUUAAUGUAGAAGACAAACUAAUUCAGCUGAAGCAGUUUCUCAGUUAUUUAAUUCAGGAAUAUGUCAUCACCAUGGAGGAUGUGGAAGCAUCUUUGACAAACCUUAAGUUUAGUGUAGAGAAACUGCUGGCUGAUCUCAGCGUCUUCAGUCAAAACUUUGCUGGUAAGAUUAAGGAGAUAAUUGUUAGUAACAACCUGCCUGAAACCCUUAUUCAGAAGAUUCAGGAACAACUAAAUGCCAUUACCGAGGAGUUUGACAUCAAGGCUAUGGUGGUGUCUGUGAUUGAUAGCAUGAUGGAGAUGAUCCAGCAGAUUGACCUGGAAAAACUGGAGGGUAGCAGCAUCACAUUCCUGCGUGAUAUUGAUGCCAAGUAUGAAAUCAUGGCUGCACUCCAGAGAAUCAUGAGUGUUGUGAAAGAAAGGAUUGAGACAUUUGACAUGCAGACAUUUGUUGAUGAUCUGAAGACAUUCAUUUCAUCCAUCGACCUUAGACGUCCCAUUAAUGCACUAGUGAGUAAGAUUCCCACAGAUUUUUUCAGCGAUAUGACGGAUUAUAUUAGGGAAAUGAUUCAGGACCUUGACAUUGUAGGCAAGAUCAACACAUUCUAUGCUAAGAUGAGAGAGCUGAUUAUAAAGUAUGAGGCUGACAAAAAGGUUCAUGCUAUCUUGGAAGGUGCUGUAGAGCUCAUCAAGCAGUUCAGAAUUGAGGAAACUGUUCAGAAUGUAGCCAAGAUGGUGAUGGACGCAGAUGUUCCCACCAAAUUCAUGCAAGUCUUCCAGAAUGCUAUCAACUACUUGAAAACAACUGAGGUUAAGGGUAUUAUUGAAGGGCUGAAUGUGUAUCUUGAAAGUCUUGUGACUAAGCUGAAGUCUUUGGAAUACAAUGACUUUGUGGAUAUUGCUAAUCAAUAUAUUGCUGAGUACACAGCUUAUGUGAAUGAGCUGAUCAGGACCCUUGAAAUCCCCCAGAAGCUUGAGGCAGCAAGAGAUUUUGUCAACGCUGUUUUAUCCUCUGGAAGAGGCUUUCUGGAACGCCUGAGAGAAAUCAAGGUUGCAGAAAUUAUUACAUCUGCAAAGGAUAUCAUCAACACUCUUGUGUUUGAUAACCUUAAGGCAUUUGCUGAAUAUACAAAACAGGAAAUUGCAAAUCUUGAUGUCAACGCUCAGAUUAAGCCCCUGCUGAAUAUUGUUAUCGAUAUAUCGAGAAAAGCCACAGACAUCGCCAAACUUGUGUUCAGCUCUGUGUUUGAGAUGAUCACAAAUGUGGUGCGUGAGCAGAAAAUCGUCAGCGAGAUUAAGCAAAUCAUGACCGGGCUCAUUAAUGAACUUCAGGAUUCCGAGUUGAACGUGCCAUCCUUCACCAUUCCCCUCACUGAUCUUGUUGUGCCUUCCAUGAAGUUCAACAUAUACAAGCUUCAUGAGUUUGAAAUCCCACCACAGCUGGACAUCCCUGAGUUUACUAUCUUGGGCUCGUACACUGUGCAAGCAACCUCCAUCUCAGCUGAUGACAUUAAACAGAGAAUCAUUGAAUUGAUAGAUCUUGUUCUCAACUGCGAGCUUAAGAUGUUUGAUAUGGGUGCUUUGUUUGGAGACCUGACUAUGUAUUAUCUCCCUCCCCUGCCUGAGUUUUUACUUCCUGAGAUUACAUUAGCUGAGUUCUCCUUCCCCACUCUUCCUCAUGUCCCAGCAGAGAAACUUGUUAAGACUCUGCAGCUCCCAGCAUUUGAGCUACCAGUCAUUCCCAGUGAGAUCAUGAUUCCAGGAUUUGGCAAACUGAGUUAUGAGAUAAAAGCCAACACUCCCAUCUACACUGUAAGGAAUGCUGCUGAAGUCCAGAGCUCUCUAGAUGGAGAUGACACUCAACAGCUGACAGCUUUUCUGACCUCCCAGGGUACAUCUCUCAGCUAUGAAAUCCUUAACUUCAACCUGGAUUCUACAGCUCGUAUUGCUGUUCCCAAUGGACAGCGUCUGAUUGCUGCUGAGACACUUACAUUCUCUCACAAAUUUCUUGUGUUUGACCACCAUGCAUCUCUGACAUUUAAUGAUUUCUCAGUCCAGGCUUCAGCCAAGACAACAAUGAAGGCCACUACAGAAUCUUACAGUGCUGAACUUUUAAAUGAAGCAUUCUUAGCUACCAAGGGUGGUUUAUCUGCCACUUUUGACACUUCCUAUAAACAUGUGCUCAAUCUCCCUGUCAUUGGCCUUACUGAUGAGACAUCUUGUACUCAAAAAGCUGUGGCCCACCAGGAAGGCACCACUAUUACAGUAACUGUUGGAAAUCAGGGUGCUUCCACCUUGAACUCUCAUGACAGUAUUCACAAGAGUGAACUGCAAGUCACGGUCAAUCCAAGUACAGCCAAGGUGACUGUUAUUAGUGACACAGAUACGGUCCUUUUGAAGAUGAGACAGACUCUGAGUGCUGAUGUAGUCAUCUUCAGCUACUUCAAGUUUGAUAUUCGCUCUGAGGCAGAAGGUCCCACAAUCAAAAACAACCUUUUAGUGGGAUCAGUAAAUGCCAAUCUGCAUGACAUGAAGGUUGAGCUAAAGGCAACCCAUAGCACAGAUUUAACUGGUGUUGUCAGUGGAGCCCUAAACAAUGUGAUUGACCUUUCUGUUUGUCCUCGAGGGAUUUUAUUCAACUUUGAGAAUAAGGGAAACACCAAGGUCAUAUUCAAUGAGGCUCUCACGGCCAAAAUUGAUCUGCAGAAUGAUUACUCUGUCACCUUCAGCCCUGACACACAAUACAUGAAAACUGUAGCUCUAGCCCGCAUUAAUCAGCACAAACUUUUCUGCAAUUUCACUGUAGAGAACAAUGAAAGGGAGGCUACCAUCCUUGCUGCUGUAGAAGGGGAAGCAAACCUUGAUUUCCUAACUAGGCCCAUCAGUAUUCCUGAGAUUGACCUGCCUUUUGUAGAAUUUAACACUCCAGCUAUUAGUGAUCUUGACUUGUAUGAUCAAACUGGUCUGAAACACAUUUUGACGACCUCUGAACAGUCUGUUGAUGUGGAUGCCAAGGUUAUUUACAAGAAAAGCCAAGCUGCCCCCCUUGUUGAUCUGAUGGGUUUCAUCCAGGUUCCGUCUGUGGGUGACCUGAUCACAGAACUGUCUUUCAAGUCGGCCAUCAUUAAUCUUAAUGCCAAUGCUGGACUGUAUACUGAUGAUGACCUUGUCUUCCGCCUGGGAGCUACCACUGCCUCUGUGUUUGACAGUCUGAAAGCCAAACUUGACGGCACCACAAGUCUGACCACCAAGAGAGGAAUCAAGUUGGCCAAUUCCCUGUCCCUCGAAAAUCCUCACAUUGAAGGCACUCAUGACAGCACACUGAGUGUGAGUACUGAGACUUUUGAAACUACAGUGUCUGUGGCUACUGUUGCAAAGAUUGCACUGCCUGUACUCAACUUAGAUGUAAACCAAAAUCUGGUGGCAGACACCAAAACCAAACCAAAUGUCAUCUCCACCUUGGGGAUGAAGGGUGAUUUUAACAUCCCUGUGAUCAAGGCUGUUGGAAAGGCUGAGGGAGAACACAGUCUGAAGCUGGAGGGAACCUUCGAGUAUGUUUCCAUGGAGUCAUCCACUAAGGCAAACAUGGACGGCACAGUGCUCGAUGACUAUCUAGUUUUGGGAGUUCUGGAUAAUGAUGUGAAUCUGUACCUGAAUAACAAUGGCCUGCGCUCCACCUCCAAAAUUAUUGCAGAUGCUAAGCUUAACUAUGGCACCACCAAAGUCAUUGCUAUGGAUAUCAAUGAGAAUCUUGCUGUUGAAGCCUCCCUGAGCCGUGUGUAUGCAGUGCUGAAGUAUACUGGCAACAACGAGGCAAACUUGUUCAAUUUCAACACCAAUGGCAAGCAUAUUGUCCAGGCAACCAUUGAUCUUGCACCAACUUCUUCCUUGAUUGUUGAUAUGGAGAUAGAUAUUUCUCAGCCAAGCAACUUGGGUGACCUCACCAUCUUUGACAAGACUGUUGCUGAAGUGACAGCUGCCAAUCAGAAGAUGUCUACCAAUAUCAAGUUUGUCAGUCCACUGUAUACCACAGGCCUGGCGGCUGAAGUCGAGGGCAGUGCUCCUGUCCUCAAAGUCACCCUUAAGUCCUCUGCCACAUCUGUCAUUGUCUUCUUGGAAUAUGACCUGGACUCUUCCAUUACCCUAAACUUUGAAAAUGCUGGUGUAAGCCUGACUGGGAAGAUGGUUUUCACCCACUCCGAACUGACCAUAGACACUCAAUACGUUCUUACCCAUACACUGAGCGACUCCCGUAUCACCAUGAAUUCGGACAUAACCAGCGCUGCCUUCACUGACAUGAACUUGCGUUAUGCUGUCCGUAAAGAUGGAAUCAGUGCCACAGUUUCUAUCCCGUCUACUGGCUUUCUGGGUCUUCAGCUCCAUGGCAGGAUCCCAUCCCAGAUGAAUGCUAGGCUUUAUGGCCGUUACGCUUCUGAUCCUGGGAAGGACGUUGAUAUCAUCACCAUCAGAGGUUCUGCCAAGGAUGCUGAUAAAAUGAAUCUGAAGAUGGUCUUCAACAUGGAAGCCCCUGACAUCUUGCUAAGUGGACUACAGGAAAGACUUCCUGCCAUUAGCUCUUGUUUGUCUAGCUUUGCUGAGAAGUACCAACUGUUCACAUAUGUUGCUCAGUUGAAGGAUAUUAUGAUUGACUUUACUGAGGAGGCCCACAACAUUGCAAAGAACCACGCCCAAGAUCUCAGUCAGUUGUCCAUCCUCUUUAGGAACACUGUUGUUCAGUAUCAGAAGGCUGUUCAGGUCUUCCUGGAUGCUGCUAUCAAGUUUCUGAGGGAGACACGUGUUAAACUGCCAGGAUCUGAGGAGAUGACCCCUCUCCUUGAGGUGCUCAAUAAGAUGACCAUUAGAAUUACUGCUUUGGUAGAGCAGGUAACCUGGUUGGUGGCUGUUAAUGUAGAAAAUGCUUCCAAUGCCAUAAUUGGCAUGAUCAGUAAAAUUCAGGUCACAAUGCCCAUUCGUGACGUCAUGGCUGGAGCCAAGAUAAUGGACAUGAUUAGGGAUACAGUAAAGACAAUGCCUAAUCCUGUUGUGGAUGUUUUGAAGCAAAUGGAGAAUCUAGACAUGUUCCUGGAGAAACUGGGAGACACCUUAAAAUCAUAUGUUGUUAAAGCUCAGGACUUUGUUGACAAUGCCCUAAAGUCGGAUGUCCUGGAUGCCAUUGCUGUCUACAUUAAUGCUUUGUAUGAAAACUAUGUAAGCUUUGUGAAAACAGUCACAGCUUACGCAAACACAGCUAUGGACAUUAGGUUUAUAAAUGACAACAUUAGUUACAUUCUUGAUAUUUUCAGAUCUGUAGCGAAUCAAUUCAACUACACCGUUACUGACUACCUGCAGCAGGCACCAGCUCAGUACAGAGCUUACAUAAAAGUUAAGGGUAGAACACUUGAGAUAACUCUUUGACUCCAGUUUCAAGAGUAAGCUAAAAUAUUGAAAUGCUACUUUUGAUUAAUGCAGUAUUGUGCUCAAACAUCUUUAGAGAUUUAGAUUAACACCAAGUUUAAUGUUCGUUUUUUUUUGUUUGUUUGUUUUUUAAAUAAAGUGGAUGGAACAGUGGGUCAGCAUAUGAUAAUUUUAUAACAUGUAACAAAUGUUGCAACAACCUGGAUACCCUAUGUAUUUUAAUUCUAAUUUUUUGCUGUUUGAGUGAUAUGAUUGUAAAAUAAAGUGUGUUUGCUGAA